AUAUUGGUACAAUAUUCAUUUUCGUGACCAGCUACGUGACGCACGUAUGCGGAUCGAUUUCUCUCUCUCCCAAGAGUCUCCUACUCGGAAGUAGACGUAUCUGUCUAUUCCGUAACAUUUUCAUAUACAUUUCAUUUGGAAGACCCCUAUUUAUCCCCAAAAUAAAACACAACAUGAAAUCGAAGAUGGAAUAAUUUAAGACCCGAUUUACCUCUUUGUUUUACCUCAGUUUAAUGGACCGGAUGAUUUCCAAGUCAAACUGUGAUUCCCACAGCUUUGCAGGGAAGGUAGCUGUAUCCAGUGGGGAGGGAGGCGUAUCCAGGGGUCGCAAUGAGGAAGUUUGCCGAACCCUUGGAAAGCCAGAGGCUGUCUUUUCUUCUGGAAAAGGCUGCCUCUAGGGAAGCCCAGAUGUGGAAGGCGUACGUGCCCAAAAAGACCUAUACCGGCGUUCAGGAUACAGACAUCUCCCCUGCCCAGCGUAAUGAGGCUGUGUGCUGGCUCAUUGACCUGCACAGUGACACCAAGCUCUAUCCAGAGACCCUCUCCCUAACCAUCAGCAUUUUAGACCGGUUUUUAGGUGCUAUAAAGGCCCGUCCAAAGUACCUCCGCUGCAUCGCCAUCGCCUGUUACUUCCUGGCUGCCAAAACCAGCGAGGAAGACGAGCGUGUGCCGUUGCUGCGUGACUUGGCCAGCAGCAGCAGAUGUGGCUGCUCCCCAUCAGAGAUACUGAGAAUGGAGAGGAUCAUUCUGGAUAAACUUAACUGGGACCUGCACGCUGCAACACCGCUGGAAUUUCUACACAUUUUCCAUGCCAUGGUGCUGUCUUGCAAGUCCCGGUUCGUGGUGGGUCUGCUGGGAUGUAACCCGUCGCAGCACCUGUCAGUGUUGACCCAGCAGCUACACUACUGCCUGGCCGACAGCGCCCUGCUACAGCCCCUCUCCCGGGGAUCCAUGCUGGCGCUGGCCCUCGUCUCCCUGGAGCUGGAGAAUAUCUGCCCUGACGGGCUGGCUCUCACUGUCCUCUUGCUCAGGAAAGCACAGAUGGAUAGUUCUCAGCUCAUCCGCUGUCGAGAGCUGGUUUCACGUCGCCUGUCCACACAGGAAGUUUCCCUGCCUCCCAACACUGUCUACAUCUACCAGCCCCUGCACCACAUCCACAGUCUGGCCCCAGACCCCUGCGACGGGGAAGGAGAGUCCAGCACCAGGCUCCACUCCUCAGUCACAGACCCAGCCCCCAGGGACCGAAGCCUCUCCUGGGUCUCCUCCACCACCACCACCACCACCCUGCUCCAGGUCCACGGUCCGCCCAUGCCCCGCCACCAACCCCACCAAGUCCACCUGCGCCACAAGCUCUCAGCCAAGCGCAAGGUGAGAGCUUGGCUACUCCAUCAACCGGAGUGGAGGAGAUGGAGGUCGACGAAUUCUACGACGGUAUCAAGCGGCUCUACAGCGACGAGAGCGGGGGCCCUCCGGAGGGAGCGGUGGUAACGGGGGAGUGCAGUGUCCUGCUAGUCAGGCAGGAGGGCAACAAUUCCCCCUUGCCCCCUCUCCAACCAGUCAGUGUCACAUAGAGAAGAGAAAGAAACCAAGGCCUUCUCGUCAUCUUAUCUGAUCUGCAAGGAAGAGGCGUCCAAGUGUUCCCAGUGUUCCAGCAGUCAUGGGCAUUAACCCACCAUACCAGGCACGAAAGGAAAAAAAAAAGCUGCUAUUUCAUAACUAUUUGUUGAAUAUAAAAGGAUUUAAAAAAAAAAAAAAAAAAAAAAAAGUAUUGAUAUAACUCUUGUCUUUCUCCCAGUGAUUCUGUGUGUAAGAGAUUUUCCUUGACUAAUUUAAGGUCAUGUCAUCUUAUUUCUGUCGUUGAACCUAACCUCUUCUGUAGGUUACAUAUAUUUGUUUUCUUUCCAUCCUUUCCUCAGCAUGUUGCUUUAAUCCUUCACAAAACAUGUCACUUUAAAGUUUGAUUUGAAUGUAAAUGUGUUUAUACUAGAUGACUGUUUUAACCUGCCAAAGUAGGAAAUAAGUGAUUGUGUGAAGUACUGACUGUUGUUUAUAAUAUAUGUUUUAACUUAAUCUAAAUAUCCCCUGUCCACAACCUUCAUGUAUUUGUCUCAUCACAGUGUUGUAGUAAAAGCAAAGAAGAUAACAGGAUCCUAUUACUGAUGAAGGAGCAUUAACUUUACUCAGUGAAACGAUACAGAUGUUUUGGUUUUUACCCAGUUUGUGUAUUGUUUUAAGAUGAACAGCUUUUGUUACAAGAGGGAUGAAGAUGAAUCCGCCGUAAUACCUUCACUGUUCAGAAAUGACAUGUUUUGUAUUUAUUGCAAAAAGCAGCUGUCUUUUUCUCGGGUGCUGGUAACUGCCUAUGCUCUGCUGGUACACCUUGUGGCACCAAUAAAGAAAAAAAGUUGAA